AUGGCCAUGUCGGGUGUUUCUGUCUCCGAUGAGUGCGUCAAGGCGCUCACGGAACUCCGGCGCAAGAAGUCCCGCUACGUCAUCCUUCACAUUGUUGACCAGAAGACCAUAGACGUCAAGGCCGUGGGUGAACGGAACGCUGACUUCCAGAAGUUCGUUGACGCUAUUGACAAGUCCGCCCCCUGCUACGCUGCGUGCGACGUCGAGUACGAAACAAACGAGGGCAAACGCGACAAGCUCGUUCUUAUCAGCUGGAACCCCGACUCGGGCGCCCCGCGCACGAAGAUGCUGUACAGCAGCAGCCGCGACGCGCUGCAGGCGUCGACGGAGGGGUUUCAGCCCAUUCAGGCGAACGACGUCUCGGAGCUCGACUUUGAGGAUAUUGUGCGCAAGAUAAAGUCACACCGCAACUGCUAG